CCGCAGUGCAUUCUUCUCUUGACUCUUUGCAGCAGCUGAGCUCUCGCUAUCAAAACGGAGGAUAAAAUGGAGGCCUUGAAGGGACAAACCGCUUUUAUCACUGGAGCCUCUAUGGGCAUUGGCGAAGCCAUUGCGUUGGCUUUGGCCGAGCAUGGCGUGAACAUUGCUUUGAUAUCUCGAAGCAAGGAUAAGCUUGAAGCGGUGCGAGACAAGAUCACAUCCAAAUUCUCUGAGAUCAAGGUCGGGGUCUACCCUGUCGACAUUCAAAAUCAACCAGACAUUGAAAAGGCAGUCAAGACAGCCAUAUCUGAGCUUGGCCAAAUUGACAUCCUUAUUAAUAAUGCUGGGCUUGCACUUGGCGCGCCGGGACGCUUUUGGGAAAUCCCCAUCGAUCAAGUCGCCCAGAUGUUAAACACCAACAUCAACGGCGUCAUGUUCACUACCCACGCAGUUCUGAAUCACUCAAUGUGGGAACGAAAGAAAGGAACCAUCAUAAACGUCUCAUCCGUCACAGGUCUCGAGUGUCCACCAUUUAACGGCGAAGCAGUUUAUCAUGCAUCAAAAGCCUUCCUCGAGGGCUUCUCCAACAGUCUUCGAAUGGAAACUGCCGGAUCAGACAUCAGGGUUUUAGUUCUUCGGCCAGGUGUUGUCCAGACGCAUUUCCAUCUUCAAAGGGUACAGUAUGACCAGAGUGCUAUGGAUGAAUUUGUUGAAGGAUAUGAGCCUCUAGUCGCAGAGGAUUUAGCGCAGUCGGUUUUAUACAUGUUGAGCCUACCGCCUCGGGUCUCUAUUAAGGCUCUGGAUUGCGUUCCUACGGCGCAGAGGGCGCUGACAAACUUUGAUCGGGAGUGGAACUCACGUCGUGAAUAGCUGUAAUGAUAGAGCUUGAGCUACCAAGAAAGAAACAGAUUCGGUUUGAAAGGGUUCACUGUAUGACACUACCUUCAUCCUUAAUGACUGAUAUCUCUAGUUAUAUAAUCUACUUUCUGCAUAUAGUAGUGCCUCUAGUUGCG